AUGGCCGACGCAACACCCACCAACGGACCAGACGCGCUGGACGAGACCCUCAAGCGCCUCUCGAAUAAACCCGGCGUCAAAGCCACCGUCAUCCUCGACCGAGUCACCGGCGCGAUACUACGAACGAGCGGUCAGCUGUCGUCCUUCAACGCAGCAACGCUACAGACAUCCGGAGGAGGCUCCUUCUCGGGCGAGGGCGCCGCGGCGCAGCAGCAGCAGAACGGCGAGGAGCAACCGCAAGGCUUGGAGGACUUUGCCGCAAAGGUUUGGAACUGGGUGAAUGCGUCGGGCACCCUGGUGUUGGACCUGGACACCGAGGAUGAGCUGAAGCUACUGAGGCUACGAACGAAAAAACAGGAGCUGGUUAUUGUACCAGAUCCGAAGUACCUCCUCAUCGUAGUACAUGACACACCGCCGGCUUGA